AUGUGUUAUCGGUGAAGGCGGGUUGCCCCUUUACAAACUUCACCAUGGUACCAUGAGGAAACAAUAUAGGUGGCAAACAAUCUCCGUCAUUCUACUUCUAGUACUACUGUUGUCAUUAAUUGCUACAGCGAAGGCUUUAUCAAACAGUACAAAGAACUUACAGGGUCCCAUCGAAUCCUGUGCGCAGAGCCCGAUUCGCCAAAACGUAACUCUUCGUGGUGGAAUUAACGCAGGAAGUUUUAAGAAAUUGGCUCAGUUUGUUGCAAUGCAACUUUGUAUUCGCUUGUGCUGCGAGGAAAAGGGUUGCGACGUCGCGCUCAUGUCCGGCAAAAACUGCUAUGGGGUACAAUGCUUCAGUGAAGAAUUGUGUACUGCUGUACUAGCGAAGAAAGCGCCAUCUUCGUUGAUGAUUUCUCAUGUCACAAUAAAAGGAGAGGAAGGUAACAGUCGUAGAAUUCACCCUGUUCCGCAGAAUCUGAAGUGUGCAGAAAGCAAAGCAGAGGACGGCGUGACCUUAAAAGGUGGAAUUUCUGCUGGAAACUUCACGGAUGUAGGAACUGUGGAAAGCGUGGAUUCCUGUACACGACUUUGCUGUGUUUCAGAAAAGUGCGACCUAGCUCUAAUCAUAAAAGGGCAUUGUUUCUUAGUAUCUUGUUUUACUAAAGAACUAUGUAAGACAGUGAAAUCUGAGACUAAGAAUUAUCAGCCUACUGUGGCAUUUGUGCGAAGAUGGGUCACAAAUGUCACCGAGGACACAGCUAUAACUUUGAGCAACCUUCCAGCUACAAACUCAAAACUUAUGUGCAAAAACAGUGAUAUAAAAUACAACUCGACACUAAAAGGUGGAAUAAAGGCUGGUAACUUCACAGAUUUGGGUAAAAUAUCCGAGAUAUCGACAUGCAUUCGUAUGUGUUGCGGUAGAAAGGAUUGCGACGUGGCACUGAUGUUAGAGGCGAACUGUUACGCGGUAAAUUGUUACAACGAGGAUCUCUGUCAGCCUGUACUUGCGCGCAAGUCUGGUUUACUGACCAACCUGAGUCCGAGGUUAUCAUACAUAACAAGUCGAGAUGAGGAAGCUCUCCCACAAGAAAUAGCCAUUGGUAACGGCAUGUAUUGCAGACCUAGCGUUGUAUCAUAUGACGUUACACUCCGCGGUGGACUUUCCGCGGGAAAAUUCACUCCAAUUGGUCACGUGGACAGUAUGGAAGCAUGUGUUCAUUUGUGUUGUAAGAGAAAUACUUGUGAUAUCGCCCUGAUGUUAAGGGACUCUUGUUAUGCUAUCACGUGUGCCAGCGAAGAACUCUGCGAAGAGGUGCCAGCUCCUUCUUCUGAUUUUUACCCCAGACUUUCCUACGUUAGAAGAGAUAUUGGGAGUCAGAACAAGAAAGAGCAUACUCAGACCAAGACUGAGACAAUACAUCAAGCUAAUGACACCCAAGAUCGAGAGGACCUAGAUACUAAGGAAGAGGGCUACUGCACAAACAGUGAGGUGAUGACAAACGUCACUCUGCGAGGCGGGAUUUCUACUGGACAUUUUCGGGAUCGGGGAAAGGUCCCAAACAUGAGAGCUUGUGUUGAAAUAUGCUGCAUCUCAAAAAGCUGCGAUGUCGCAUUUAUGUUGAAAAACAACUGCUUUUCAGUCAUGUGUUUUAACGAGAAACUGUGCGAGGCUGUGCGGGCGCGGUCAUCGAUUUACGCCCCCAGAAUUGUUUAUAUUUACGCCAGGACAAAGAGCAAUUUACUUGCUCCACAAAGCGUCAGAAAACGUCGAAGUGAGCAUUUAAAUAAAAAUACUUUUCGUGAGCAGUUAUCCGACGUGCCUAUAUCGGAUACAAGGCGUAAACUUGACCGAGACAGAUACAAGCGCCAAAUGCACAGAAAGGUAGACAGUAGAAAUACAAAGACUCCUGUCUUAUUCGCCUUAUACAACGCCCACCUGUAUCACCUGCCAUCAGCUUUGUCUCGCACUGCAGGUUAUUCACAGCAACACGCCCUGCGCAUUCAAAAGGCUUUGUUUGCCAUGGUAACAAAAACAGGGAAUGAGGAAAGCCUUGUAUCAGAAAUAACCAAUGUCAAACCUCUGAAAUGCCCGCACGGGCCGAUACUUUCUAAUGUCACUCUUCGACAUGAGCUGCGUGCCGGGAAAUUCUCGCGACUUGGCAAAGCUGAAGACAUGGAGACCUGUAUCCAGAUGUGCUGUGACAAGGAUGACUGUGAGAUGGCUUUUAUGCCUGGAAAUCACUGCUAUGGUGUUGACUGUUUUAGUAAGAAACACUGUGAGAUUACUACUGUAAAGCCUAGCAAUGUUACAGUCAAGAUUGCAGCCGUGCGACCGAUUGCUGUAAACCCGGCAAAGGAUCAAAUUGCAGUUUCAGUGGAAGAUCCGUCGACUCAGGAGGAACUUCACUGUACCCAGAGUCCAAUUUUAAAGAAUGUGACUCUAAGAGGUGGAAUAAAAGCCGGAAAUUUCAGCGACCUUGGUGACGAGAAGAACAUGCACAUGUGCAUUGCACUCUGCUGCGAGCGUAAGACUUGCGACCUGGCCUUCAUGAUAGGAGGAACAUGUAUAGCAGUAGACUGUUUCAGUGAGGAGCUCUGUCAGGCAGUCAAGGCGAGGCCCACGAAAUAUGACCCGCAAAUAGCCUUCAUCAGGCGUAGAGAGCUUCAGAGGCCAGCGAGAAAAGCAAACGUCCUCCCAACAGCACCAAGUUCAGAAAUACCAACCAUGAAAAUACAUGAGAUUAUCAGCGACAAGUUGCCUCACCCAACCAUACUAAAAACUAGCACGUGCUCGGCUAGCAAAAUCUACCCAAACGUCACUUUGCUCGGAGGAAUUAAAUCCGGAAACUUUACAUCACUGGGAAAGACUAAAAACAUGCAGGAGUGCAUUGGAAAAACGUGCGAACUGGGGAGUGGUGAUUUAGCCUUCAUGCUGGGAAGCUACUGUUACUCAGUUACAUGCUCAAGUGGUAGAGUUUGUCAGACAAUUCCCGCUCAGCCUUCCAAGUUCUACCCCAGAAUAGCGUUCUUAAAGUGGGCGCCAAAAAUAAACGAAACAGAACUGCUCGAGGACGAAGGUGCUGACUAUACAGCCAUUCCUAAAUGUACUCGUAGCCACAUCUUGUACAACCAUACUUUAUUAGGAGGUCUUAGAGCUGGAAACUUCACGCACAUAGCCGAAGUGGAUAGCAUCGAGACAUGCGCAGCUCUUUGUUGUGCUGAGCAGACAUGUGACCUGGCCUUGGUUUUAGGAGAAAACUGUUACGCUGGAGACUGCGCAAGUAAAGAGCUUUGUGUACCUGUACCAGUUCAUCCUACAGCCAAUAAAGGAUCGCAGAUUGCGUAUAUCACCUCGAGGAAAAAGGUCGAAGAACCAGGCACAGACUGGAGUUUGUGGUACAUCAUAGUUGGCUCUAUCGCUAUUGGUAUCGGCAUAACUGGAAUUAUGUGGACCCUCUGUACCUGUUGGCAUCGUGGAAGACGACUGCGAUCGAAAGACGAACCAAGUGACAGAUUUACCAUGAUGAACGAAUGCGGUGAUUCACCUCAAGGACUAGAAAUGUUACCACAGGGCUGGAAUCUACAAAAGUUUGGCCAACAAUACAAUAACUUCGGGGACCCCAAGUGCAUAAAAAACGGCCCGAUGUUUUUGAGCGAUAGUGAAAGUGAUUCAGAUGAGGACACAGAGGUGCCUCGCCGGAACAGAAUUCCGUCCCUUAAAGAAGCGCAGUCUAUUAAGAAAUCCCUCAGUUAUAACGGCCCUCCGCCACCAUGCUCUGUGGAAAGAUUUAACGGACCCAGUGUCAUAAGCUUGGAUUCCAAGUCGAGACGAGCAAUGCAGAACUUAUAACGUGUGAAAGGCAAAGCAUUAUAACAGAGAAGAUCUAUUUCUCUUUAAUUUAGCAUGGUCGGCAUGGUUAGAAGUAAACUUUUUCAUAAAAGAACAAAAAGAAAAGAAAACAAAAAAAAGCAUCUUCUAGGAGCUGAUGGAAGAGGUAUCGAAGAGUUUCAUUAAAUGUACAAGGCCGCCUGAAUCAUUCUUAGCAAACAUCGCAUCCUUAAUAAUAUGACUGGAAUAUUUAUUGUUUGUCUCUGUCGUAAAAUGCCUUUAAAAUGCACAGGUCCGUUAUUUUAGAAGGAGACCAUAAGCUUAACCCAUUUACCGCUAUCGUAGAUUUCUCCAAUGUUCAAAUGAGAAAAUGUAAAAGGAGUUUUCUAGGUUCUGCAUGUACUUAGGCACUUGUAAUGGUUAGAUCUUAGCGCAGUCACCUAGUAAGAUCUCAUAUAUUGAUUUCUCAUGCCUCAGUUGUGAUUGAGGGGAAAAGACUUUUGCUGAAGGAUGUCACUUAGUUGCUUUCUGCGCAUUUUUUUAGAUUUUGUAAGCUGUGUUUAGAUCUCAGUGGUGUAAAUAGGAAAUUUUAGACAGUAGGAGGAGAGAGACUGACAAAACCGAGAAGCCCUUGGCAUUGUAUUUAUAAUUUGUA